AAAGUGGGCGGCGUCUGGCUGGGGCGAAGGUCGCUGAGGUAGGAACUGCGCCAGUCCUGGACGCCAAACCCACUCGGACCCUCCCGCCAGGUGACAGCCGCCAAGAUGGGGUCUUGGGCCCUGCUGUGGCCUCCCCUGCUGCUCACGGGGCUGCUUGGCCGACCCCCGGGGGCCGUGGCCCAGGUCCAGUACUGCUCUGUGAACAAGUCCUUCUUUGAAGUCGAGGAGAACACAAAUGUCACCGAGCCGCUGGUGGACAUCCAUGUCCCAGAGGGCCAGGAGGUGACCCUCGGACCCUUGUCCACCCCCUUCGCAUUUCGGAUCCAGGGAAACCAGCUGUUUCUCAACGUGUCUCCUGAUUACGAGGAGAACUCACUACUUGAGGCUCAGCUGCUGUGUCAGAGCGGAGGCACGCUGGUGACCCAGCUGAGGGUGCUCGUGUCAGUGCUGGACGUCAAUGACAACGCCCCCGAAUUCCCCUUUACAACCAAGGAGAUAAGGGUGGAAGAGGACACUAAAGUAAACUCCACCGUCAUCCCUGAGACAGAAUUGCAGGCCGAGGACAAAGACAAGGAUGACAUUCUGUUCUACACCCUCCAGGAAGUGACUGCAGGUGCCAGUGACUACUUCUCCCUGGUGGGUGUAAACCAUCCCGCCCUGAGGCUGGACCGGCCCCUGGACUUUUACGAGCGGCCCAACAUGGCCUUCCGGCUGCUGGUGCGGGACACUCCGGAGGAGAAUGUGGAGCCCAGUCACACGGCCACCGCCACGCUGGUGCUGAACGUGGUGCCUGCCGACCUGCGGCCCCCCUGGUUCCUGCCCUGCACCUUCUCAGAUGGCUACGUCUGCAUCCAAGCUCAGUACCACGGGGCUGUCCCCACGGGGCACACACUGCCAUCCCCCCUCGUCCUGCGUCCCGGACCCAUCUACGCCGAGGAUGGAGACCGCGGCAUCAACCAAGCCAUCAUCUACAGCAUCUUCAGUGGAAACGUGAACGGUACAUUCGUCAUCCACCCAGACUCCGGCAACCUCACCAUGGCCAGGAGUGUCCCCAGAGCCAUGACCUUUCUUCUGCUGGUGAAGGGCCAGCAGGCUGACCUUGCCCGCUACUCAGUGACCCAGGUCACCGUGGAGGCUGUGGCUGCAGACGGGAGCCUGCCCCGCUUCCCCCAGAGCCUGUACCGUGGCACCGUGGCACUUGGUGCUGGAGCAGGUGUUGUGGUCAAGGAUGCAGCUGCCCCCUCUCAGCCUCUGAGGGUCCAGGCUCGGGACCCGGAGUUCUCGGACCUCAACUCGGCCAUCACGUAUCGAAUUACCAACCACUCACAUUUCCGGAUGGAGGGAGAGGUUGUGCUGACCACCACCACACUGACCCAGGCGGGGGCCUUCUACGCAGAGGUUGAGGCCAAAAAUACGGUGACCUCUGGCACUGCGACCACAGUCAUUGAGAUACAAGUUUCCGAACAGGAGCCCCCCUCCACAGGUGAGCCCCCAUCCCCAGAGACUGGAGGAACAACUGGGCCCUGGACCAGCACCACUUCUGAGGCCCCCAGACCCCCUGUGCCCUCCCAGGGACCCUCCACAACCAGCUCUGGGGGAGGCACAGGCCCUCAUCCACCCUCUGGCACAACUCUGAGGCCACCAACCUCGUCCACACCCGGGAGGCCCCCGGGUGUGGGAACCAGCACCUCCCACCAACCAGCCACACCCGGUGGCGGCACAGCACAGACCCCAAAGCCAGGAACCUCUCAGCCGAUGCCCCCUGGUGUGGGAACCAGCACGUCCCACCAACCAGCCACACCCGGUGGUGGCACAGCUCAGACCCCAAAGCCAGGAACCUCUCAGCCGAUGCCCCCUGGUGUGGGAACCAGCACCUCCCACCAACCAGCCACACCCGGUGGUGGCACAGCUCAGACCCCAGAGCCAGGAACCUCUCUGCCGAUGCCCCCCAGCAGGAACACCCCAUCCUCAGCGAUGCCAGGUGGCGGCCCCUCGGAGGACAAGCGCUUCUCAGUGGUGGACAUGGCAGCCCUGGGUGGGGUGCUGGGUGCACUGCUGCUGCUGGCUCUCCUUGGCCUCACUGUCCUUGUCCACAAGCACUACGGCUCCCGGCUCAAGUGCUGCUCCGGCAAAGCUCCGCAGGAACCCCAGCCCUCAGGCUGUGACAACCAGGCGUUCCUCCCUGACGACGAGGCCAACUGGGCGCCCGCCCCCAGCCCCACGAGCGACGCCAAGCCCGCGGAGGCACCGCCGACGCCCGCGGAGCCCGCGCCCCCUGGCCCCGCGCCCCCGGGCAGUGCCCCUGAGGCCCCGGCAGCGGCGGGAGCUGGGGGAAGCCCCGCAGCGGUGAGGUCCAUCCUGACGAAGGAGCGGCGGCCGGAGGGCGGGUACAAGGCCGUGUGGUUCGGCGAGGACAUCGGGGCGGAGGCAGACGUGGUCGUUCUCAACACGCCCACCCUGGACGUGGAUGGCGCCAGCGACUCCAGCAGCGGCGACGAGGGCGAGGGCGCGGGGCCUGGCAGGGGUCCCCACGAUGAGCCCGGCGGCGAUGACUCGUACAUCUAAGCGGCCCCUCCACCCUCUUCCCCUGCCGCGCGGGCGCUAGAGGUCCCGCUCCCCUAACCCCCGACCCAAGGCAGAAUAAAGCGAGGCUCCCGAAACCCAGGCCGUGGCGUGGGGCGGGCGCGCGGGUCCGUGCGGGUCCCAUUUGCUC